CAUAUGCGCCUUUCAGAGGCCAGGUUCAGAGACGAGGGCCAUCUUCUAGAGACGAGGUUCAGAGACGGGAGUCAAUUGUUGAUCACAGGCCUUCAGGAAUUUCAACCAAUUUUAAGGUUCUAACAAUUGAAAGUAAUUCGGAACUCGCACCACUCAGUUCUGCUAACCACAAGGUUUUCAUGAGGCCUCCUCCAUAUUUGCGUCGUAAUGAUCACUUAGAUAUGUUGAAUGCAGUAUAUGAUUUUGAAUCUAAAAGUCAGAGGGAGGGCUUACCAGUUGAAAAUUUUGUUCGACAAAAAAUAGAGACAUGUCGAGCCUUGCAAAAUGUUGGAGAAAAUAUAAGUGAACAAUACCUUAUAGGAAAAAUAGUAGACCUUCUAUCACCAAGCUGGAUGCAUGUGAAGCGAACAAUAUUUCAAAGACAUGUUAUAGAAAAUGCUACACAUUUAAUGAAUGCUUUGAUGGAAGACGAGCAUAAUGUCCACUAUUUGUGGAUGGAGUUUGAGCAAGGGCCAAUGAUGCCAAACUCAACUGUGAGGGCGCACAUUCUAAAUAAAGAAAACCAAUUUCAUAGUCUAAGGAAAAAAGGCUGCAAGCCAAACAUUGAGAAUUUGGUUCAGGCUAUAGUUAAUAACCUCCCGCCCACAUGGCCUAAAGCGACAAUCUUCAAAAAUUUGAAACUAAAUUUCAUGGAUAUGAAAGCAUUGGAAGCUAUGCUUGAGGAGAUCGAGACUGAUAUCAUUUGUUCAGAAGCUUUGGACGAAGUGGAGCAACAAUUUGCAGAACAAGAGGAGAAGCAGGGAAAAAAACCUCGACAAAACGUAGCGAAGCGAAGAUUGGAAUUUGAUGAACUAUAGCUCUACAAUAUUUGGAGUUGCAUGCUAUCCAAUAAUUUGAAUUUGUCAAUUUAUUUUGUUUUAGGAGUUCAUCGUGCUUUAAUAGUUUAGAUAUGAGUAUGAGAUUGUCAUCAUAACUCAUUUUUUAAAUUUAGCAUUAUCGUACCAAGAGUUCUUUCUUUUUUUGUUACUGUUCAGUUUGGAUAUUUUUUUCCAUAUUUAUUGCUUCCAGUAUGGAUGUUUUCUUUUAGUUAUGUUGAUAGAUUAUGUUAAUUUCGCCCGUGCAUAAUAAUAAAAGCUAAUUACAAGACAUGAUAAUUAAGGCAAAACUGAUGUUUAAUGAAGGCAAAACAUCAGUGUACAAUCUUUAAAUCGCUGAACCUGUUCUUACUUUGGAAUGAUACAUUCUACCUAAUGUGCGUAUUUGCUAAUAACAAAUACUAGAGGCUUGGGCACACGCGAUGCGUGUGCAAGUCGGAUUUUCACAACGUUUUUGUAAAAAUACU